UAGUCACAACUCGGUAGCGAUGUGAGACGGACGCAACAUCCUCGUCGCCACUCGCCUCGCGCUCUUUCGCGCCGCGGCUCAUUGCUACACCGCGAAUUUGGGCCAAGCACAAAUAUACCCUUCCCUUACCCACCCACGUGUUACUAAUCUACCUCUCUCGCUCGGCUAUUUUCUCUCUCGGCCCGCGUAUUAUACAGUCAUUUAUGUAAUAAGUUCAAUGUUUACAUUGUGACUGCUAUCAGGUGAUGAAUGAAAAUACAUUUCGAAUUGCGUUAACUUGUUAUUAUCUUCAUGCUGUUGCUGACCUGCCCGGCCUAUGUAUAGGUAUUAUGAGCAGACCCGGUGACAAAGUGCGGUGAGAACCAAUCAACCAUCAACAAUGCCAGUGCUACGCAACGCCGACCACCCCGUCCACUCGCUGACGGAUUCCGUGGGCGCGCGGUAUGGAGUCGCUGUUCUCGGGUCUUGGGCCGCUGAAGCAGCAACGUAUCCAUUCGAUUUGACGAAGACAAGACUACAGAUCCAGUCAGAAGUAGCUGCCGCCAAACAUGGAUACAAGUUGGAGAACCAUGGCAUGAUCAAAACAGCGGUGGGUAUAGCGAAGCAGGAAGGCGUUACGAAGCUCUGGACCGGCCUGAUGCCAAUGUUCCAACGCCACGCCAUCUACUCAGGCUGCCGACUCAUCUUCUACGAACAGUUCAGAAACCACUUCAAAGAUGAAAACGGAAAAGUUUCACUUGGAAUCGCUUCCGUGGGUGGGUUAGCGGCGGGAGCGUUGGCGCAGCUGAUUGCGUCUCCCACAGACCUCGUGAAAGUGCAGAUGCAAGCUGAAGGCCGCCGGGUCUUGCAGGGCAAGCCCAAACGGUUCUCCAAUUGCAGGGAUUGUUACAAGAUGCUGUAUAAAGAAGCUGGACUUAGGGGUUUUUGGAGAGGAGCUGUUCCCAACGUGCAACGCGCUGCCCUCGUCAACAUGGGUGACUUAGCAGCGUACGAUUACACCAAACAGUUCCUGAUGCGUGAAUUCGGUAUGGCGGACAAUGCACUCGUUCACGGUGCAGCUGCAUUCACUGCUGGCUUCGUGGCUGCUGUACUUGGCACGCCUGCCGAUGUACUUAAGACCAGACUUAUGAACCAACCCGUUGGACCUGAUGGAAGGGGCUUGUCGUACCGAGGUAUGAUAGAUUGUCUGCAGCAGUCCGUGAAGAAUGAAGGCAUAUUGUCCAUGUACAAAGGUUUCCUGCCACUCUGGAUGAGGCUGGGACCCUGGGCGCUCAUCAACUGGAUAGCCUUCGAGAACAUCAUGCUAGCUAUAGGAGGACAUACGUUUUAGUUCUAUUAUGAUUUGAAGACGUAGCCAGGUUUGGAAUUAAAAAUUUUAAUUAUUUUACUACACAGUAAUAGGGCUAUGUAGCUGUUGCUCUGCAUCCUGCAAAAACUAAAAAAGACAACAGGUAAAAAACCUUUUUUUAAUGGAACUGCUUUCAUAAGUUUAAAGCAAGUAGUAUACCUAAAACCUUCUCCCAUGUUUGUAAAAUACUAUGCUAAAACCUCAUCAAAAGCGGUUCAUCUAAACGCGAGAUAAUCGCGCACAAACAUAGACACAUACAGGCCAAACUGAAAACCACUAUUAUUUUUAAGUCUAUUAAAAAGAAAAAAAAAUACUGUAAAGAUGUAAAUAAUUCCUACGUUGUUAGCAACACACUUAUUUUACAUCUGUAAUUGCAUGUUAACUUACUGUUUACCAUUUCAUUUCUGUUGCUGAUUGUAAGACAAAAUCAUCUGACAAAGUACUUAAUAUGUACUUAAUGUCUACUACUACUUCCAAUUCUGGCUACGUUCAUACCUCAGUUCCUGAAUUAUUAGCUUAUUAAGUCUUGGGUAUGGUCGUGGUGCUAGUUCUUAGCUAGCAACCUAGUUACCUGUGUUUUAGAACAAUAAAUAUUGUACCAAAUAAUUUAAAGACGGUUUAAUACAACUUUACAUGUACAAGUUGGAAUAUUAAGAUAAAACAAAGCAUACAAAAAACAGUUAAAGACAAAUUAGAAACAUAAGAAUGUUUCUUACUCGAAGUUUAUAAUAUGGUUUUGAAAUUAACUAAAAAUCACGAUUUACUCAUAAAAAAAUAAUGGAGAAAAGCUCUUGUUUAUAAUGCCUAAUUGAAAUAAUAAUUGAAAUAUUUCGAGACCACUCCGAUACACUCAUCUUACCUUGAUUAAGUGCAUUAAACUUGUGUAGGUAGGUAUAUUUUGUUUUGUCUGUAAGGGUCAUUAGUGAGAUAAAAUUGCUGUAGAAUCUGGCUUCUAAAAAGAGAAACAAAUAUUUUUUAAGUUUGAAAGAUGUAGAUAGAUAUAGCCUAUGUUGUUACUAGCAAGAAUUUAUUUUUGUUACAUUUUUUAUUUUUAGGAAAUGCUUUUUGCACAAUAUCAUGAUUUUCAAGGCCAUAGAUCAUCGAAGCUUGCACAAAUAGGUACAUUGUAAAUUGUAAUACACUAUUGCGUAUUAUAAUCCCACAAGAUAAUGUAUUUAUUGCUGCCAAAGGUGCUAUAACUAUAUAAGUAUAAAUGUCGCAGGAUAAACAAGAAUAAUCCUAAAUAUUUCUCACUUAAGGUACAAAAAAGAUCGAACAUAAAUCACAUUUUAUUUUUAUGUUGAUUUUAGCCAAUUCUUGCGGCCGGUAUCACAGUUUUCUAGUUAUAUAGGUAAUAUCCUGAGAAUGCAAUAAGUAAAUCAAUGCAAAACUAUAUUAACUAUCAGUUAUAUUUUUAAGAACUUGUGAAACUGGUCUUAUCUUAAGUAAAAUGAAUAAUAAGUUAAUACAGACGACAGUGUGCGUUUAAUGUAGACCACACUGGCAGCGAAAUUUCACUUGGUAUGAACUACACCAGUGACACUGAUGCAAUGAAAAGUAGUGAAACUAUAUGCACUCGUCCAACUCGCUUUUUGGCAGUGUGGUCUCUGAUUGGGGUCUUCCCAACACGUUAAAUUCCAUAUUAUUUUUUCUAAAUAUCAAAUCAAUAAGGGCUACCAUAAUUUUGCUCACCAGAAUGCGCAAAUGUAGCAUGAUCACGAGUUUUUUGUCCAAUCAUUACAGCUGUCAAAUAUUGAACGUCCAAUAGUGUAACAGUAGCAAAUUCUCUAUUGGACGAAUAACAAAAGGGUCACACUAGUGCCAUCUAGUGUGCAAAAAUAUAGCAGUCCCGAUUGUGAAUUAAUAUUAUGUGAUCAUUUUUGAAAUGUUAUAAUAUUUUGUUGAAUCAAACAUUUUUUUUGGUAGGAAUCUAUUAACGCAUCCCACUUUAAUAUGCAUGUAUAAUAUUAAGCGAAUCAUACUUCAAACAAAUGAGUACUGUGAUUGAUGUAAAGCCACAAUGUAAUCAUUACUGCAAUAAUGCGGAGAUACUGCAGUACAUACAUUUUAAAUCACCUUACUUUUAUAACCUAACAAUAUUAUUCAUAAAUAAUGCUUCUACCUAUUUUAUAUAGCUUAUUCUGCUAAACCUUUUAGAUAUAAAUCCUUUAUACUCCAAAGCAUGCUAUUAUAGGAGUUUAUUGUUAUUUAUGAAUAGUAUGGUAAGAAUACAGGGUGUUGAUAAUUGUACAGAAAUGAUGAUCUCUCUUGAAUCCUGUAUGUGCUGCAGUGUGCCCGCAACUUACUGUUAGUGUUCUAGAUGUAGCUUUAUAGUAAUGUUAAAUGGUAAUUGUUACAAAUUGUGAUGUUAUUAUUUAUAAAAUAAAUUAUUAUAAACUGUUGA